GUGAGUGUAUACUCCAAGCCUGGGUUGGAUCAAAACAAGGUUUAUCUUCAGUCACUGUUUACAGCUCAAUUUUCUUUUACCGACAUAUGAAACUCAAUGGCAGGGACAGAUGAUACUGACCCACAGUUUCAGCAGUGGAACCAGGACGCACAGAAUGUGCAGAUAAUUCAACAGCCUGCUUCCCAGCAGCCCACAACCAUCCUCCAGCAGCUCCCUGCUGCUGUGUCAUCUCCCACUCCCUCCAUCCGGCCAGGACACGUUAAGCAGGACCUGGUGGAGCUGAUGAUGAUCCAAAAUGCUCAGAUGCACCAGGUCAUCAUGAACAACAUGACCAUGUCAGCCCUCAGCUCAUUUGGCCAUUCCCAGUUCCACCAUCCGUCUACCUCUGAGGAGGAGGAUCCAGAGGUGUACCACUACCAUUACCAGCCUACCCCGGCCUACCUGCCCUACCCAACCUGGUUGCCUCCACCCCUGCCUCACCCUAGCCUGGUCUACCGCAACACCCCUGAACCCCUAGAGCUAGCACCCUCACCACACAGAGACACCACCAGGAGGGCGGUCCCACCUCCUCCCCCACCCAGCGCUACCAGGACCGUGGGGGCUGACGUCCCUCCAGCAACAGAUUACUAUGAUGCUGCGGAGAGAAGACAGUGACAACAAGAGCAGAAAUCUACAUCAUCCAUUCAUCGUUAGCCUUGUUUUUACAAGAUGGAAUCAUUCUAAACGUGUCACAGUAAACAGAACUACAUUUCAGAGGCAAUGCAGUUUUGUUCUUUAUAAUAGUUAUUCAUAAUAUCAUGUUUUUGAAUCUUGCAGAAAUCGUAUAAUGCUCACCAUAGUUCUGUUUUUUUUUCUCCAUGUUUUAAUGUGUGUCUUUUUAGAUUUGUUAUUUCAAGUAAAGAAAAGGCCAAGAUCAUCAUUGUUCAGCGUUGUUCAAUGUUUUUAAGCUCACUUCCAGACUUGUACUGUAGCUCAGUUGGUUGAGCAUGGCACUUCUAACACUAGGGUUGUGGGUUUGAAUCCCGACACCAACCAUACAUAAAAUGUAUGACCAUAAGUUGCUUUGGAUAUAUGCCUGCUAAAUGACAUAUAUUAUAGUCGUUUUGGCCUUAUUUUUACAUGCAUUACACAAAAUACCCAGCAGGGUGCAGCAUCAUCUUUGUAAUGACAAAGUCAGAGGGCGCUUUUCUAUGACUGAGUUAGUUUUUAGCAGGUUGACAUUUAUUGUCAUGAAUCUUGAUCUGGAGGCAGCUCUGCAGAGAGGUCACAAGCUAACACAGACAGAAAGUCAUAAAAUCCGUUUUUAAACCUAACAUUAACCACACUGCUAACCCUAAUGCUUAACCUUAAAAUAAGACCAGAAAGCACAUUUUUGUAUUCAUACAUGUUUGCGAUUUAGACAAUUUUGACUUUGCAACUGGCCCAUCUUGCGGAAAUUUCUCAGUUUUGCCUACAGGGCAAGAUUCAUGACAAUAAAUGUCAAGCUGCUUGUUUAUAUUCAUGUCUAUCAGCAUGUCACUUGUUAUUUCAGUGAGUUUCUGGCAAGUUCAUAUAUACACUACAUGACCAAAAGUAUGUGGACAUCUGCUUGUCGAACAGCUCAUCCCAAAAUCAUGGGCAUUAAUAUGAAGUUGGUCUCCCCUUUGCUUCUAUAACAGCCUCCACUCCUCUGGGAAGGCUUUCCACUAGAUGUUGGAACAUUGCUGCAGGAACUUGCUUCCAUUCAGCCACAAGAGCAUUAGUGAGGUCGGGCACUGAUGUUGGGCGAUUAGGCCUGGCUCACAGUCAGCGUUCCAAUUCAUCCCAAAGGUGUUCAAUUGGGUUGAGGUCAGGGCUCUGUGCAGGCCAGUCAACUUCUUCCACACCGAUCUCGACAAAUCAUUUCUGUAUGGACCUCGCUUUGUCAUGCUGAAACAGGAAUGGCGGCGAGCUUUGCACCACUCCAGCGGACGCUUGGCAUUGUGUAUAGUGAUCUUAGGCUUGUCUGCAGCUGCUCGGCCAUGGAAACCAAUUUCAUGAAGCUCUCAACGAACAGUUCUUGUCCUGACGUUGCUUCCAGAGGCAGUUUGGAUCUCAACAGUGAGUGUUGCAACUGAGGACAGACAAUUUCUACGCGCUACACGCUUCAGCACUCAAUGGUCCCUUUCUGUGAGCUUGUGUAGCCUUGCGGCUGAGCUGUGGUUGCUCCUAGAUAAUUCCACUUCCCAAUAACAGCACUUACAAUUGACCAGGGCAGCUCCAGCAGGGCUGACAUUUGCAUAUUGACUUGUUGGAAAGGUGGCAUUCUACUGCCAAUGUUUGUCUAUGGAGUUUGCAUGGCUGUGUACUUGAUUUUAUACACCUAUCAGCAACAGGUGUGGCUGAAAUAGCAGAAUCCACUAAUUUGAAGGGGUGUUCACAUACUUCUGUAUAUUUAGUGUAUGUGAAAAAUAUGCAUAU